UGACUUUUGUUGUUUUUCGUACGGAGGGUGCGGGUUUCAAUAGAGAAAGAACAUAGAAUACGAUUUGCGAUUCCUUCAUCUCCCGUGUGAUUCAUUGAUCUGAUAAUUGAGUUGUGUGAUCGAAUUUAGGGUUUGGGAGAUGGCGUCGAGUGUUUUGAGGAACCUCAUGAGAUUUUCGUCAUCGAGGAACACGAGCACCAGAAGUUUCAGCCUCGUAACCUCUCAAAUCAGCAACCACACCGCCAAGUGGAUGCAGGAUACAAGCAAGAAAUCUCCGAUGGAGCUUAUUAAUGAAGUUCCUCCAAUUAAGGUUGAAGGCAGGAUAGUUGCCUGUGAAGGAGAUAGCAAUCCUGCACUCGGACACCCGAUUGAAUUCAUAUGCCUUGACUUGCCCGAGCCAGCUAUUUGCAAAUAUUGUGGCCUACGUUAUGUUCAGGAUCAUCACCAUUAAGAUUGGUUUCUCCAUGUAUUCUGGUGUGCAUGUACGAAAUUUCUGCCUGUUUUUGGUUACAAUGCUUUUGACUAAAUCAUGGCGUAACAAAUAUACUUCUUUGUUACAAUUUGCUAAAUAAGAUGCUCAUGUACUAUCUAUUUUGUUGGGUUAACGUUGUUAAGUGCGGUAAGUAAUUGUGACCCGAGGUACAGCUUCAUUGAGCAAUCUAUUUUAUUUUAAUUCUUAA